AAAAAAUAAAACUUUAUACAAAGCUAGUUCAUUUUUUAUUUAACCUAAAAAUACAGUUACAAAAUUUUAAUUUUUAAAAUUAUAUACCGAAAAUCCUUAAUACUGUGCAUCAAAGAAUAGUGCAUGUUAUAACAAUUAUAUAAAGUAAAAAUAAGAUAUUUUCAAAGCAUUUGUCUUCAAUUGAACACAAAAUCAGAAAUAAAAAAAAAAAUAUUAUUAAUGAGAAAUGAUUAAUUUUUAUUAUUUUAUUAGUAUCACUUUGAUACUAUUUCCCUAUUCAAUACUUGCUGAAGACUUUACAAAUUGUAUAUUGGAGAGAUGUCAGUGUGCUUUAAUUGAUACCGAGUUAAAUGCAAAUUGUGCUAACAUCAAUCUUACUAAAAUACCAGAAAAAUUAGACAAUGAUGUGAAGGCCUUGGAUCUGUCAAGAAAUUUAUUAUACGACUUGAAAAAAGAUGCAUUUAAGUCAGUAGGUUUGAUAAACUUACGGAAGUUAGUCACCAGGGAUUGUCACAUCAACUAUAUCGAUAAAUACGCAUUCAGUGGUCUCUCUGAUCUUACUGAAGUUGACUUAUCACAUAAUUCCAUAGGGUAUUUACCAGAAAACCUGUUCAAUCAUACUACAAAUUUGAGAAAGCUUAAUGUUUCUCACAACUAUAUUGGUGCAUUACAAGGUGAUUUAUUCAACAUAAAGAAUUCUCUCGAAACAAUUGAUUUCAGUUACUGUGAAAUUAGUUUUAUUGAUCCAAUCAUUUUUGCCAACGCAAAGAGUCUUAAAAAUCUCUAUUUGAAUCAUAACAAAUUUAGUAACAUUAAUCCCAACUUUUUAAAAGAAUUACCAAAUUUGGAAUUACUUCAUUUAAAUGACAAUCCAUGGUUUUGUAAUUGCGAGUUGCGACCUUUUAGAGAACUGAUUUUAACAUCAAGUUUGUAUAAUAAUUUAACAUGUUCCAAUCCUUCCAAGUUUGAAAAUAAACUGUGGCAAGAUAUUAAACUAGAAGACUUUGCUUGCGUACCAAAUAUCGAGUACCCUCUCCAAGAUUUAACUUAUGAAGUACACACAGAAGAGUCCACCAUACGUUGUAAAGCUAACGGAGGUCCAAUUCAUUCAUUAUAUUGGAAAUUAAACAACAAAACUAUAUCAAAUUCUUCUCAUGAUGGUUAUAAUUUUACUAUUUAUGAGGGAUCUGAAAACAUCACUCAUAAAUGGGUGAAUUUAACUAUACCUCAAUCAGCUGUAAAUGAAAAAUUAGAGUUCAAAUGUGUUGUUGAGAAUCCUGCUGGCAAAGAUGAGCGAACAAUAAUAGUACAGAAACCAACUAGAGGAGAUAUUUACAGUUUCAUUGUGCACUCUAAAAUUAGGCACAGAUAUGCUCAGACUACCAUUUCGAGCCGUGUGGCUAACAAAGGAAAUACAUCACAAGAAGUUCAGUUUUUUGUGACUCUACCAGAAAGUGCAUUUAUAUCCAAGUUUUUGAUGGAAGUCAAUGAAAAAGUUUACGAAGCAUACGUCAAAGAGAAAAAAGAAGCUAGACAAGAUUAUAUUAAUGCAAUAAAUGCUGGACAAACAGCUGCACACGUGGAACAAAACGCAAGAGAUUCUAAUCAGUUUACAGUAUCUCUAAAUGUAGAAGCAGAGCACAAAGUAACUUUUAACUUAACUUAUGAUCAACUUUUGUUAAGAAAAUUGGGUGUCUAUCCAAAUGUUAUAAACAUAAAUCCUGGUCAAGUUGUCAAAAAAUUAAUGGUUAUUGUUGAUAUUGAAGAAGCUUCUAAUAUAACAACACUAGAGGUGCCAGAUUUAAAAACAACAAAUGAAAUAGAAACAAUGGCCUCAAAAAAUAAAAUGGCAAAAAUCACUCGCACGUCAUCUAAUUCUUCAACCAUAACUUGGAGCCCAUCUAUUAAAGAACAAAUAGCAUCAUCUGAUCAAGGUAUUAAUGGGCAAUUCAUUGUUGAAUAUGACGUUGAUCACGAAUCUACACCAAACCAAAUAUUAAUAGACGACGGAUAUUUUGUUCAUUACUUUUCUCCAGCAGACAUGAAACCACUUAGAACUCAUGUACUAUUUGUAUUGGAUGUUAGUGGUUCCAUGGAAGGACAAAAAUUAGUUCAGAUGAAAGAAGCUAUGGAACAAAUUUUAACUGAAAUCCUUCCUGAGGAUUACUUUACUAUAAUACUUUUUUCUGAUUUUGCUCAAGUAUGGACUUUAAAUGCUACUCAAGAAACAAGUAAUCGUUGGGAUCAACAAACACAAUCUAUGAAAAAUAAUACACUACAAAACUUGAGUGAAGGUCGGUUCGUUUUUCCAGCCAACCCAGAAAAUAUAGAAAAUGCUAAGAAAUUUGUCAGAAAAUUAAUUUCAGAAAGCAGUACAAAUAUCGAAGAUGCGCUCAAGAAAGCUCUUGACGUCGCAAAAAUGGGAGAUAUCAAGUUUACAAAUGGUCCAAAGAAACCUAAACCUAUAGUUGUAUUUCUUACAGAUGGUCAACCAAACACCGGUAUUUCACAACCAGAUGAACUUACCAAUUUUACUACACAUUUAAACACAGAAAAAUAUCCAAUAUUUAGUUUGGGUUUUGGUGAAGGAGUAGACAUCGAAUUUCUCAAAGAGCUUUCACUUAAGAAUUUUGGUUUUGCUAGAACAAUUUAUGAAGCUUCAGAUGCAUCGCUGCAACUAAAAAAUUUUUACAGAGAAAUAUCAUCACCAGUGUUGUCAAACGUUACUUUUAAAUAUGUGGAUUCUCAAGUAGAUAAUAUAACAGUUACGAAAAAAUCAUUCAACUUGUUAUUUAGUGGCACUGAGAUAAUAGUUGCCGGAGUUUUAAGAAACUCUAGUGAAACACUAAAUGGAACUUUAUAUGCUGAUUCUAUAAAUGGAGAAUUUAUUGAUUCCAAUGUUGUUAUAUGCGAUCUUUUGCCUUUACAAUAUAUUAAUGAAACAAUCACGAAACCAGUUGGACAUUUAGAAAAACUAUGGGCAUUUUUACAUAUACAGCAAUUAAUUGAUCAACACAAGCUUGAGAAAAAUGAGAAUUCUACAGCAAAAACUAAAGCACUUGAAUUAGCUCUUAAAUAUUCAUUUGUAACUCCAUUUACAUCAUUAGUUGUCGUUAAGCCAAAUGAAACAACUUCAUCCGAUCCACAGAAAAUUAAACCGACCAGCGCUCAAAACAAUUUAAUCCUGUCAAGUCCAAUGCAUCAAAGC